AUGGCGCCCCUGCCCCUUGCCCCUGUCUCUGCCCCGGGUGGAUACCCAGAAACUCAUAAAACCCCCAACCUCUCCCCUCUUCCCAUCGCCCCACUCCGACCCAACCUCUCUCUCUCUGUCUUCCUCUUCCUCGUCUGGAGUACUGAGAGACUAACCAUGCCGUUAAGAUACCUAACCGGCAUCAAUUCCUCCUCCUCAUCGUCGACGUCGUCGGCGGUGGUAGCAGAACCGCCGGUCUCCGUCAACGUGGACUCCGACUUCGUGGUCAUUCUAGCGGCUCUCCUUUGUGCCUUAAUUUGUGUUGUCGGUCUAGUAGCAGUAGCUCGGUGCGCGUGGCUCCGUCGAGCUUCGGACAGCUCCGCCGGAACUGGGCGGUCACAACCUCGGGCUUCGGCGAAUAAAGGGUUAAAGAAGAAAAUAUUUCGGUCACUCCCCAAACUCACCUUCAACGCCGAUGUCAACGGAAAGUUGGCCGACUGCCCUAUCUGCUUAACCGAUUUCGUUGAUGGAGAUGAGAUCCGAGUGCUGCCGCAGUGUGGCCACACCUUCCAUGUUGGAUGCAUAGAUACUUGGCUUGGGUCCCACUCUUCCUGUCCUUCCUGCCGUCAGAUUCUUGUUGUCGCCAUGUGUCAGAAGUGCGGUGGCCUACCGGCGACCUCCGCCGUCGGCGUUAACACAGAGUCCGGUUUGAAGGCAAGAGAGGAUGAUGUCAAUAGGUUUUUACCUUAAUACCCUAAUCAAUAGGGGAAAUUCUCUCUCUCUCUCU